AAUCACCCAUUUGGCCAAAUAUAUAUUCUCUCAGACUCUUUUCCCGCUCUCUCUCCAGGCUGGUAUGAUCCGGACAGACUCAGAUGAGUACUUCAUUGAGCCGUUGGAGAGAGGGACUCAGGAACAUGAGGACCAGGGCAGAGUCCAUGUUGUCUACAGGAGAUCUGCUGUUCUACAGGCCCCCUCUGACAUCUCAUUGGACUACCAACUGGAAGAACCAGAAAUAGAGCUGUCCCUGCCAGGUGUUCCGGGGGUUCUAGACCAGCUGUCCCUGCCAGGUGUUCCGGGGGUUCUAGACCAGGUGUCCCGGCAGGUGAACCAGGCGGUGAGGAAGCGCCGCCACGCCGGAGAUGACGACUACAACAUUGAAGUUCUCCUGGGUGUCGACUACUCUGUGGUGCGUUUCCACGGCAAGGAGCAUGUGCAGAACUACCUGCUGACCCUCAUGAACAUUGUGAAUGAGAUCUACCACGAUGAGUCUCUAGGAGUCCAUAUUAAUGUGGUGUUGGUGAGGAUGAUCAUGCUGGGCUAUGCUAAGUCCAUCAGCCUGAUAGAACGAGGGAACCCGUCCAGGAGUCUGGAGAACGUGUGUCGCUGGGCGUUCGUUCAGCAGAAGGCAGACCAUAACCACUCUGAGCACCAUGAUCACGCCAUCUUCCUGACCAGACAGGGCUUUGGACCCACAGGCAUGCAGGGCUACGCCCCCGUAACAGGCAUGUGCCACACAGUCCGGAGCUGCACGCUGAACCAUGAGGAUGGAUUCUCCUCUGCCUUCGUUGUCGCCCACGAGACCGGACAUGUGCUGGGUAUGGAGCAUGAUGGUCAGGGGAAUCGUUGUGGAGACGAGACAGCCAUGGGGAGUGUGAUGGCUCCACUGGUUCAAGCUGCCUUCCACCGAUACCACUGGUCCAUGUGUAGUGGACAGGAGCUCAAGAGAUAUAUACAUUCGUACGACUGUCUCCUGGACGACCCGUUCAAACACGACUGGCCCCAGCUGCCGGAGCUGCCAGGAAUCAACUACUCCAUGGAUGAACAGUGUCGCUUUGACUUCGGAGUCGGAUACAAAAUCUGCACAUCAUUUCGCACAUUUGACCCAUGUAAGCAGCUGUGGUGCAGUCACCCUGACAACCCAUACUUCUGCAAGACCAAAAAAGGCCCUCCUCUGGACGGGACUGAGUGUGCUCCUGGGAAAUGGUGCUAUAAAGGUCACUGCAUGUGGAAGAAUGUCAACCGGGUGACGCAGGAUGGCUCCUGGAGCUCCUGGACGAAAUAUGGGUCCUGUUCCCGCUCCUGUGGGACCGGGGUUCGCUUCAGAACUCGCCAGUGCAACAACCCAGUCCCCUCUAACGGCGGUGGGGACUGUCCCGGGGUGAAUUAUGAGUACCAGCUGUGUAACACCGAGGACUGCCCCAAACACUUUGAGGACUUCAGGGCCCAGCAGUGCCAGCUACGCAACUCCCACUUUGAGUUCCACAACACCAAGCACCACUGGCUGCCCUAUGAGCACCCUGACUCCAAUAAGAGGUGCCACCUGUACUGCCAGUCGAAGGAGACUGCUGACGUGGCAUACAUGAAGCAGCUGGUGCAUGAUGGGACACGCUGCUCCUACAAAGACCCCUACAGCAUCUGUGUCAGAGGAGAGUGUGUGAAAGUUGGCUGCGACAAAGAGAUUGGUUCCAACAAGGUGGAGGAUAAGUGUGGAGUGUGUGGUGGGGACAAUUCUCACUGUCGUACCGUCAAGGGAACCUUCACCCGCACCCCCAAGAAAGCUGGUUUCCUUAAGAUGUUUCUGAUCCCUCCCGGGGCUAGACAUGUGAUCAUUCAGGAGCAUGAGGCUUCUCCUCAGAUGCUUGCGAUCAAGAACCAGGUGACAGGCCACUACAUCCUGAAUGGCCGAGGAGAGGAGGCUCGCUCCCGGAGCUUCAUAGACCUGGGAGUGGAGUGGGAUUACAUUAUAGAAGACGACGAAGAGACACUAUACACUGACGGACCCUUACACGACGCUGUGGUCGUACUGAUAAUCCCUCAGGACAACGAGACCAGGUCGACCCUGAUGUAUAAAUACAUCAUCCAUGAAGACUCUGUCCCCGUCAACAACAACAACGUCAUUCAGGAGGACACCUACGAAUGGGCCCUGAAGAGCUGGUCACAGUGUUCUAGACCCUGUGCUGGAGGGUUCCAGUACACUAAGUAUGGCUGCAGGAAAAAGGGUGACAUCAAGAUGGUCCACCGGGGAUACUGUGAUGUCAGCAAGAAGCCAAAACCCAUCAGGAGAAUGUGUAACCUACAGGACUGUACGCAGCCACAAUGGAUCUCAGAGGACUGGGAGCACUGCACUAAGACUUGUGGCAGUUUGGGUUUCCAUAUCCGGACGGUUCGCUGUGUCCAGUUCCUCAAUGAGGGGACCAACCGCUCAGUCCACAGCAAGUACUGCAGUGGGGAGAAACCAGAGAGCAGACGGCCCUGUAACAGACUGCCCUGCCCUGCACACUGGAGGCCUGGGGCCUGGUCAGAGUGCUCAGUGACAUGUGGUGAGGGGGUGGAGAGGCGCUUAGUGACGUGUCGUAUUGGAGAUCAGUGUAAUGGAGAGAGACCUGAGGCCCACAGACCCUGCAAACCAGGACCCUGUCACGAUGAGCCGUGUAACGGGGAUAAGUCUAUAUUCUGUCAGAUGGAGGUCCUGGUGAGAUACUGCUCUAUCCCGGGAUACAAUAAACUGUGUUGUGACUCCUGUGGCAGACGCAGAGGAACCCUGUCCCCCCUCCUAGUAGAAGCUGCCGAGAUGGACCAGGAAGUACGCUUUGCCGCCGCCUCCCAGCUCCGGGAGACUCAGUCGCCCAAUGGGACGCGUGAUUUGUCUCUUCGCUCUCUACUGACCCCCCGUGGAUCCUCAACGCUAUGCCCCAGCAUCAGACACGCCCACACGGUCCCACCCAGGAAAAGCUCCUUCCACCGCAGGGUUCCAUCCCCCAGUAGCCUCUCUGGCAGGAACCUGUCCAUCAUGAUGUCAUCACUUACUGCCGGUGGCGCGGUUCAGUCAGAUGCCACGGAGGGUCAAAGUUCAAACACGUUGAGGGAGAGCCGUUUGCUCAAAGAGACGGAGGUUGCUCUAACGGAGGUGGAGAGAUGAAGUGGGAUCGUUCCUCCUCUGGACUCCAUGCAGAUCACACUCCACCCUGCCUUUCUCACCUCACAACAUCACCGGAGGGGAGAGAGAGAGAGGGAGCGAGGGAGGGAAG